AUGUCAACUACAUCAACUGUGCACCCGCAAGUCGUAGAUGGCUUGGCAUUAACGGAGAUAUUUCAUGGACUAACUUCGAACUCUGAAGAAGAGAGACAACGGUUUGCGCAGGAAUUAUUCAGUUACUUAUCAUCGAUAGCUAGAGAUUUGACAACUGAACAAUUCAACAGAUACAACAAUGAUAUCAACAAAACAAUCUUUGAUCUUUUGCACAGAGAUAAGACGUCAGAAGUGUUGGGUGGAAUAGCUGCUCUCAACACAUUAAUUGAAUUUGACUCGGGCGUUGGAAAGGAAAAUGCUAGCAAAACAGCCAGAUUUUCAAACUAUCUCGGGUCAUUGAUAUUAUCCAACGACUUGGUAAUCAUGAGACAAGCAACAAAAACUUUAGGGAGGCUAGCUACGCUAGGUGGAAAUUUGACUGGUGACUUUGUUGACUACGAGGCAAAGAGAGCCAUUGAGUGGCUCCAGAGUGAUAGUAGGCAACAUGAGAACCGAAGGCACGCUGCAAUUUUGAUCAUCACGGCAUUGGCUGACUAUGCGCCUACAUUGCUCUACCCAUUGACAAGUCAGAUUUUUGAAAAUUUGUGGUCUCCGUUACGGGACUACAAGCUUAUCGUCAGAUUGGAUGCAGCAGUGGCGUUGCAAAAUUGUAUGCUGAUACUCUACCAUAGAGAUCCUACUGCUCGGCUGUACUGGAUCAGGAAACUAAUUGACCUCGCAUCGGAUAUAUUAGGUCAGAAUAGCGGUGGCCACAAAGGAGGAGACAAUCUGAGCUCAUAUAAUUUAAUCCACACCAAUUCGCAAUCAACUGAAAAUGUACAUGGAUCUUUACUUGUGUACAGAGAAUUGUUGCAUUAUUAUAAUGAUCCAUUCAUUGUUUCACGUUUUGAGGUGAUGUACGAGAAUACUAUGUUAUACAAGCAUCACAAACUGCCUGUAGUGAGGCAAGAAUUGGCCAAUGUCAUCCCUUCAUUAUGCAAAGUGAAUACCGAGCUUUUUGUUGAAAAGUAUCUUCAUCGAACUUUCUACUACUAUUUAUCGCAGUUGAAAAACUACAAGAAUCAACAUAGUGAGGUUGCAAAUUCCGACAAAAGUGCCAUAUUCCGCAGCAUUGGCUUGAUAUCAUUACAGGUUGGAAAUCAAACAGCAACUUAUUUAGACGCAAUUCUAGACAACAUCAGAGAAGGGUUGGCAUAUACGUCUAGCUCUGGUGUUCAACUGAUCUUGGCGAAUGCGACUGCGCAAAAUGAAAAUAUUAAUGUAAUCUCGGCAAACAUUGCUUCUUUGUCAUCAGGUUCAAAGUACACUGCAAGCAGGAAAGAAACCGAGCCGGCCAUUUUCGAUUGCAUAGGAAAAUUAUCUAUAGCAGUUGGUCCAGCUCUAACUAAGCAUUUGCAAAGAGACAUUUUGGAUAUGAUGUUUGCAAACUGCUCACUUUCCAAGCACAUGCAGGAAGUUUUGCAAACGUUGAUUACUAAUAUACCGACAUUGACAAAUUUAAUCAAUGAAAAGCUAUUGAAUUUGUUAAGCUUGGUUUUAUCCGGUAAAGGAUUUCAACCCCCCGGCUCUCCUUACGGUACUAUCAAGGUUAAGCAAAAUUUGGCUAAGAACUGUCGUCUCAUAAUGAUUUCGAGAGAUACUGGCAUGAGCAUCAAUAGUAUCAAGUCCGAUCCAAAGCGGUAUGAAAAAUUGGACAACGCCAUUAUAGUACAGGCUUUGGAAAUGUUGGCAGCAUUUGAGUUUGAAAACUACCAUUUGAAUGAAUUCGUACGCUUUUGUACCAUUACGUAUCUUGAAAGUGAGAGUCCUCGGGUGAGGCUCACUGCAACUCGUACAUCUUGCGAAAUUUUUGUGAAAGAUCCUAUCUGUCAGCAAGUGAGCAUCAAUGCAUUGAAUGCUGUGAACGAGGUUUUGGGAAAACUAUUAGCUAUAUCCAUUACCGAUCCUGUGCUCGAAAUCAGAGUUGCUGGUCUUGACGCUUUAGCAAAUGCAAGCAAUUUCGGUCCCCAGUUAUCUCAAGCUGAUAAUGUCAGAUUACUUUUCAUUGCCUUAAAUGAUGAGAUUUUUGAGGUGAGAAAGAUUGCAAUGAAGAUUUUGGGGAAAUUGUCCUCCAUUAACCCUGCUUAUAUUGCCCCCUUUUUGAGGAAAACAUUGAUUCAACUUUUAUCGAAGCUUGAGUAUUCAACAACUAGCCGAAAAAAGGAAGAAACUGCAAUGUUGUUGUCGACACUUAUUAGCAGUUCGAAAGAGCUCACUCGGCCAUACGUCAAACCUAUAGUUGAGGCCUUAUUACCCGGAGCCAAAGACGCCAGCUCAUCAGUGGCAUCGAGCGCCAUCAAAUGUCUUGGGGAUCUCGCUGUUGUCGGUGGAGAAGAUUUGAAACCAUUUAUUCCGAAUUUGAUGCCAUUGAUCCUCGAAACAUUUCAAGAUCAGAGCUCAUCCUACAAAAGGGACGUGGCAUUGAAAACUUUGGGACAGUUGUCCUCUUCGUCUGGAUACGUUAUUCAGCCACUACUCGACUACCCUCAACUUUUAGGUAUGUUGGUGUCUAUUUUGAAGUCUGAUAACUCCAUUCAAAUUCGAAGAGAGACGGUAAGGCUUUUGGGUAUACUAGGGGCUUUGGAUCCAUACAAGCAUAGGGAAGUGGAACAAAGCUCAAAAAGUAUUCCAGCUGAACAAAAUGCACCACCUGUCGAUGUUGCAUUACUAAUGCAGGGAAUGUCGCCAUCCAAUGAAGAAUACUAUCCAACUGUGGCGAUCACAAACUUGAUGAAAAUCUUGAAAGAUCCUUCUUUGAGUGUACAUCAUACAAAGGUCAUCCAAUCCAUUAUGUACAUUUUUCAAACUUUGGGUCUUCGAUGCGUUACAUUCUUGCCGCAAAUCAUUCCAGGGAUUAUUAAUGGGAUGCGCACAUGUCAACAAUCAAUGCUCAAGUUUUAUUUUCAACAAUUGGGGGAUAUUAUCCUAAUCGUGAAACAGCAUAUACGACCUUUUUUGGAUGAGAUUUUCAAAGCAAUCAAAGAAUUUUUUUACAUUAAUGCGCAAUUGAAUUUGCAAGUGACCAUUAUUAAUGUCAUUCAAUCAAUAUCAAGAGCCUUGGAAGGAGAAUUCAAAAUUUACUUAUCCGAUGUGCUUACUUUACUCCUUGGUGUUUUUGAGGAUGACAAAUCUGCCAAAAGGGUAUCGUCAUUACAUGUGUUGAAGAGCUUUGUCAUCUUUGGGCAGAAUAUUGAGGAUUAUGUUGAUAUUAUUGUUCCCACAAUUGUAAAGAUGUUUGAAGUAGGGCCUUUGGAGUUACGGAAGGCAGCAAUAGAUACUAUUGGAAAAUUGUCGAGAAACGUUAUAUUGAAUGAUAUGUCUUCAAGAAUAAUUCACCCGAUUUUGAGAUUAUUGAACCUGGGUCCUGAAGAAUUGAGAGAGCCUUGUAUAACCACACUCAAUCACAUGCUUCUUCAGUUGGGAACGGAGUUUACAGUCUUUGUACCAAUCAUCCAAAAAACGUUGAUGCAAAAUAAGAUUCAAGCUCUCAAAUUUGAGCAACUUGUUGGUAAAUUGCUAAAUGGCGACCCGUUGCCUCUACACCUAGACCUGUACAAAGACUACGAUCGUGGCGGAUUUGAUGCAGGCGAUUCGGAAAUGCCACUGAAGAAACUUCCCGUCAAUCAAGCAGUUUUGAAAGCAGCUUGGGAUGCAAGCCAAAGAAGAACUAAGGAGGACUGGCAGGAGUGGAUUGGUCGGUUGAGUAAAGAAUUGCUUUUGCAAAGUCCUUCUCAUGCAAUUAGAGCCUGUGCUGGACUUGCUGCUGAUUAUUACCCUUUAGCAAAAGACUUGUUUAACGCUAGUUUUGCCAGUUGCUGGAGUGAGCUAUACUCGCAACACAAAGAAGAGCUUGUGCAAUCGUUUUGUAUUGCUCUUUCCUCUCCUACGAACCCACCAGAAAUUCAUCAAAUAUUACUCAAUUUGGCAGAGUUCAUGGAACAUGAUGAUAAGUCUCUUCCUAUUGCCAUUUCCACGUUGGGGCAAUAUGCGCAACGAAGUCAUGCAUUUGCUAAGGCUUUACAUUACAAGGAGUUGGAGUUCUACGAAGAGCCGACAACACCUACUAUAGAAUCAUUAAUAAGCAUCAACAAUCAACUUCAACAAUCGGAUGCCGCCAUUGGUAUUUUGAAGCAUGCGCAAUUGCAUCACGAUCUUCAGCUUAAAGAGACGUGGUAUGAAAAACUUCAUCGUUGGGAUGACGCAUUGAAAGCGUACAAUGAAAGGGAAAAAGCUGAGCCUGACAAUAUGGAGAUUACCAUGGGUAAGAUGAGAUGCUUUCAUGCUUUGGGAGAAUGGGAACAAUUAUCAGAGCUAGCUCGUGCCAAGUGGGACACCUCAUCCAGUGACAUAAAACGAAAUGUGGCACCUUUAGCCGCAGCUGCCGCGUGGGGAUUGGGUCAAUGGGAUAGAAUGGAUUCCUGCAUCAAAGUCAUGAAGGCUGCAUCGCCCGAUAAGGCCUUUUUUAAUGCGAUCUUGAGCUUGCAUAGAAAUAAUUUUGAAGACGCUUCUGAGCAUAUCCUGAAAGCACGAGAUCUUUUGGUAACGGAAAUUACUGCCCUUGUUAGUGAGAGCUACAGUAGUGCAUAUGGUGUGGUAGUGAGAGUCCAAAUGCUAGCAGAGUUGGAGGAAAUUAUAAAAUACAAGUGUUUGCCUCAAGGAUCCGAAAAACGAACAGUGAUGCGCAAGACAUGGAACACGAGGUUACUUGGUUGUCAAAGAAACGUUGAUAUCUGGCAACGUAUGUUGAAAGUGAGAGCUUUAGUUAUCAAGCCAAAGCAGGACAUGGACAUGUGGAUCAAGUUUGCCAACCUUUGUAGAAAAUCGGGUAGGCUAAAUUUGGCAGAAAAAUCAUUGAACUUGCUACUUGAGGAAGGGACCCCUGAUAAUCCUUCACGUGCACCACCACAGGUUGUGUAUGCCCAGCUAAAAUAUAUGUGGGCAAAAGGGCAAAGGCCUGAGGCGUUGCGUCAUUUGGUUGAUUUCACCACCAGAAUGUCCCAAGAUCUUGGCCUUAAUCCAAACGAUUUGAUAACUCAGCCAUUGCCGACAGAAGGGCCUGGUGUUCCAAAACAUGUCGAAGAAUAUACUCGACUUUUGGCUAGGUGUUUUUUGAAACAAGGUGAAUGGCAAAUAGCUUUAAACAACAACUGGCGAUCAGAAACUUCAGAAAUAAUUCUUGGUGCCUAUUUGUUGGCGACACACUUUGACAGUAAGUGGUACAAAGCUUGGCACAACUGGGCAUUGGCAAAUUUUGAAGUCAUUUCAUUGUAUACAAGUCAGAAGGAAACAAGCAAUAAAAUAGAUACUUUGGAUGAACGAGGAAAUGUCGAGGGUGCCCUACAGCGAAGACCAUCCAAAACGGGCCAGCCUCAACAGAAUAAUCUGACAGCCAACCUUGAAAUUCCAAUGGAGGCAGUUCAAAGGCACGUUAUUCCUUCUAUCAAAGGUUUUUUUCACUCAAUAGCGCUAUCCAAUUCAAAUUCGCUUCAGGAUAUGCUUCGUUUACUCACUUUGUGGUUUAAGUUUGGUGGAAUUCCCGAGGCAGCUCAAGCAAUGACUGAAGGGUUUAAUAUGGUGAAAAUUGACAACUGGUUGGAAGUAGUGCCGCAGCUUAUAUCUCGGAUUCACCAACCCAAUGAAGUCGUGAGUAGGUCAUUAUUUGGACUCUUGAGUGACCUAGGUAAAGCACAUCCACAGGCAUUGGUUUAUCCUUUGACUGUGGCGAUAACGUCGGAAUCCGCGAGCCGAAAGAAAGCCGCUCAAUCGAUAAUUGAGAAAAUGAGAUUUCACUCGGCCAGUUUGGUAGAUCAGGCUGAGCUCGUUAGUACAGAGCUAAUCAGGGUUGCCGUUUUGUGGCACGAACAGUGGUAUGAAGGUUUGGAAGAUGCCUCAAGAUUAUUCUUUGGUGAGCGCAACACGUCGAAGAUGUAUGAGGUUUUGGAACCAUUACAUCACAUGUUGCAAAAGGGACCCGAGACUAUGAGGGAGCAAGCUUUUGCUAAUGCAUUUGGAAGGGAGUUAGCAGAUGCUUUUGAGUGGGUAUUGAACUUUAGAAGAACUAAGGACAUGACCAAUUUGAACCAAGCUUGGGACAUAUAUUACAAUGUGUUUCGAAGAAUUACUAGGCAGUUGCCUCAAUUGGUAACUCUUGAAUUGCAGUUUGUGUCGCCGUUGUUGGAUAAGGCUCGCGAUUUGGAAUUAGUCGUUCCUGGUACUUAUCAAGCGGGAAAGCCGGUAAUUCGGAUUAUGAAGUUUGAUCCAACAAUUUCGGUUAUUUCAUCUAAACAGAGGCCAAGGAAGCUUUCUUGCAGAGGAAGCAACGGGAAAGAUUAUCAAUACCUUUUGAAAGGUCACGAAGAUAUUCGACAAGAUAACCUAGUCAUGCAAUUGUUUGGUUUGGUCAAUACAUUGCUUGUAAACGACCCAGAGUGUUUCAAGAGGCACUUGGACAUCCAACGGUACCCAGCAAUACCUCUUUCGCCCAAGGUUGGUUUACUUGGAUGGGUCCCCAAUAGUGACACCUUCCACAUGCUUAUCAAAGGUUAUAGAGAGUCUCGAAAUAUUAUGUUGAAUAUUGAGCAUCGUUUGUUGUUGCAAAUGGCUCCUGAUUAUGACAUUUUGACUUUAUUGCAAAAAGUGGAAGUUUUUGCAAGUGCGUUAGAUAACACAAGAGGCCAGGAUUUGUACAAGGUUUUGUGGUUAAAAUCCAAGUCUUCGGAAGCUUGGUUAGACAGAAGAACUACUUACACAAGAUCCUUAGCGGUUAUGUCCAUGGUAGGGUACAUUUUGGGUCUUGGUGAUAGGCAUCCCUCAAAUUUGAUGCUCGAUAGAAUCACUGGAAAAGUUAUUCAUAUUGAUUUUGGGGACUGUUUUGAAGCCGCCAUUUUGCGAGAAAAAUAUCCGGAAAAGGUGCCAUUCAGGUUGACGCGUAUGUUGAAUUAUGCUAUGGAAGUGAGUGGAAUAGAAGGGUCAUUCAGAAUUACGUGUGAGCAUGUGAUGAGAGUAUUGAGAGACAAUAAAGAAUCUUUGAUGGCCAUUUUGGAAGCGUUUGCUUAUGAUCCGUUGAUUAAUUGGGGUUUCGACUUUCCAACGAGAGUUUUGGCUGAGACCACAGGAAUCAAGGUUCCACAAAUUAAUAUAGGUGAAUUGUUAAGAGCAGGACAGAUUGACGAAAACGAGGCAGUGAGACUCCAAAAACAAAACGAGUUGGAAAUCAGAAAUGCUAGAGCAGGGUUGGUUUUGAAAAGAAUUACAGAUAAGCUUACAGGUAAUGACAUCAAAAGGCUCAAAGGCUUGGACGUGCCAACUCAGGUUGAUAAGUUAAUUCAGCAGGCUACAAGCGUGGAAAAUUUAUGCCAACAUUAUAUCGGUUGGUGUUCAUUUUGGUAA